AUGUCUCACCCUCUCGACCCCCUCGCCCCGAAUGAGCUGCGCAAGGCAGCUCAAAUCUUGCGAACGCUUCACAAGACGACUCCCAUUCGCUUCAAGGUCAUUGACCUCUUGGAACCUCCCAAAGCCUCACUCCUGGCAUAUCUGAAUGCUCGUACGCGGGGCUCAUCAGCCCCUCCGCGGAAAGCCUACAUCUACUACCAUCAGCAAGGGAAUGCCACGCUGUGCAAGGCCAAAGUCAAUGUAACCGAGGGCACUGUAGACGAGGACCGCCAGUGUCCUGGAGUCCAAGGACCUGCAGACCCUGAAGAAUUCGAGCGCGUUCACAAGGCCUGCAAUGAGCAUCCGCUGGUUCGUGCCGAGGUGAAGAAGCUCAAACUACCCGAGGGGACUUCGGUGGUCAAUGACCCUUGGCUGUACGGGACCGACACCCCCGGUGUGACCCGUCGUCUCUACCAGUGCUACAUGUACGCUGUCCUGAACGAUGACCCGGAAGCGAACCACUACUCCCUCCCCAUGCCAUUUGCGCCCAUCUUCGACGCUCAUACCGCCGAACUAUUAGAGAUCGAAAGACUGCCACGAGGAGCGGGAGCGGAGCUCGAUCAGGAGACCGUGCCUUGGGACGCCGUGGAGCCAGUCGAGUACAGCGAGCGCCUCUUAGGCAAGGGCUACUUGCGCCAAGACCUGAAACCCCUCCACGUCGAGCAACCGGAGGGCCCAUCGUUUCGUAUCGAUGGACGCCAGAUCACCUGGCAGAAAUGGUCAUUCCACCUGGGAUGGACGGUGCGCGAGGGCCCCGUGCUCCACCACGUCGUCUACGACAGUCGGUCGCUCUUCCAUCGGAUCUCCAUGAGCGAGAUGACGGUCCCGUACGGCGACCCGCGGGCCCCAUACCGUCGCAAGCAAGCGUUCGACCUGGGCGACUCGGGCUUCGGCCUGACCUCCAACACCCUGACCCUGGGCUGUGACUGUCUGGGCCACAUCGCCUAUUUCGACGGGAUCCGCACGACGGGGGCCGGCGAGCCCGUCAAGCUGAAGAACGUGAUCUGCGUGCACGAGGUGGACGAGGGGAUCGGCUGGAAGCACACCAACGUGCGCAACGGACAGGCGUCGAUGGUGCGCAACCGCACCCUCGUCAUCCAGUGCACGGCCACUGUGAUGAAUUACGAGUACAUCCUUGCCUUCGUGCUGGACCAAGCCGCCAACCUCCAUGUGGAGGUCAGAGCGACGGGCAUCAUGUCCACCAUGCCCAUUGCUCGUCACACCUCGUCGCCCUGGGGCACCGUCGUGGCUCCCGGCGUGCUAGCCGUCAACCAUCAACAUCUAUUCAGCCUGCGGAUUGAUCCCGCUCUCGAUGGCACCCGCAACAUGGUCGUCUACGACGAUAUCCUCCCCGUCCGUGACGACCCCACCGUCGACGACCCGCAAGGCUGCGCGUUCCGCAGGACCACCACCGCCAUCACGCAGGCCGGAGGCUACGACCUCAAUCUCGCCGCCUCGCGAACGUACCGCAUCAUCAACCCCAACCGAACCAACGCCAUCUCCGGCGAACCCGUGGGGUACAGGAUACACGCGUCCCCAAGCCAGAUGCUCCUAAUGGGCCCGGCGACAUUCAACUGCCGCCGGGGACGGUUCACAACCAAGCCGAUCUGGGUCACAGACUACCAAGACGAGGAGCUCUACGCGGCCGGGGAGUUCACCAACCAGAGCACGGACGACACCGGGCUGGGGGUGUGGAGUCAACGCCAGCAGUCCGUCGAGAACCGGGAUCUCGUGCUCUGGCACACGUUUGGCACCACGCACAUCACCCGUCCGGAAGACUUUCCGGUCAUGCCGGUCGAGAAGUUGGUCGUCUCGCUCAAGCCGACGAGCUUCUUCGAGCUGAACCCGUCCAACGAUGUUCCGCGUUCGAGUCAGUGCCUGAGUCGGUCGACGCUCGUUGAGCAUGACAAAGUGGCAUCUGAGUCUUGUGACGGAGAGUGUGCUCUGUAG